GUACAUUAUUCAGAAAAAACCCUGUGUGCCUUGGGAGGAUCAACUGUUGUGAUUCAAUGUAAAUAUGAUUAUCCAAAGUCAUACAAAGUGGAGCUGAUGAUGUGGAGUCAUAAUAUUGAGAACUGUACUGGAAAACAAUAUACCUGGUACAGUAAUAAUACAAACAUCAGUGCUGAAUAUAUAGACAGAGCAGAGUUUAUGGGAAACAAAGUGAUGAAUUGUACAUUAAAGAUAAAGAAUGUUACAAAGACUGAUGCUGGAGCGUAUAGAUUCAGAUUUACAACAAAUGGGUGUGAACAGUGCGGUCAACCUGGAGUAACUCUUCAAGUUGAUGAGUUAAAGGUGGUGAUGACCUCAUUUAAAGGAAAUGGAACAUUAACAGAAGGAGAUUCUGUGAAUCUCACAUGUGACACAGGAAGUUGCUCUUCCAGUCAAUUCGAAUUGACGUGGUUUAAGGACAACCAGCAACUCCCAGAAACACAGUCCACACUCCACUUCAAUCCUGUCUCCUACUAUCACUCUGGAACCUACUCCUGUGCUUUAAAAGGCAGCAAGGAGACUAUGUCUAAAGAAGUACAUUUGAUUGUUCCAGGUCAUUUUAAAUCAAAAAUUAUAUUUUCGAUUGUGGGAGUAUUACUCAUUGUGUUAAUAGGAGCUGUUGUGAGUAUUGUUUACAUUAAAAGGUAAGUGAAUUUUCUUUCAUGACCACAGUAUUGUUUUCGAUCAGAUUUAAAA